AUCUAAAGAUCUAAACAAAAAAGAUUUUGUCUGUUUAAAGCAUGAGAUUGAAACCAAAUGCUUUUAUUCUAAAUCACAUGUUGGUUAUCAGAAUAUUCAUAACCACCUGUUUCUGCUCUAUUUCCAGAACUCCAUCCGACAUAACCUGUCCUUGCAUAGUCGUUUCAUCCGGGUACAGAAUGAGGGAACUGGGAAGAGCUCCUGGUGGAUGAUCAAUCCUGAAGGGGGGCGGGGAGGCAAAGCACCAAGGCGACGUGCAGUCUCCAUGGACAAUGGUAACAAAUACACCAAGAGCGCACGUGGGCGAGCGGCCAAGAAAAAGGCAGCACUGCAGGCUGCCCAAGAGGGUUCGCUGGAGAAUGUGUCUGGUGGUGGUGACCUGUCGAAAUGGCCAGGAAGUCCCACUUCCCGCAGCAGCGAUGAACUGGAAUCCUGUUGGACUGACUUCCGCUCACGAACCAACUCCAAUGCUAGCACCUUGAGUGGACGACUGUCACCUAUUCUAGCUAAUCCAGAGCUUGAUGAUGUCCCGGAUGGCCCGCCUCUCUCCCCAAUGCUCUACUCCAGCCCCAGCAGCCUCUCUCCACCUUCGUCCUCCUCAUCAAACUCCAAAACUUGCCCGGCUGAACUUCCGGGACUUGCUGACCUGACUGGCACAAUAAAUCUCAAUGAGGCUGACAACCUAAUGGAUGGUUUGUUGAACAACAUCACCACACAAGGCCAGGUAGUUCAAGGGGGUUCUGCUUUUAGUUUUGGCUCCAAAACCACCACCUCUUCUCCAAGCUCCAUUUCCACUUCUCAAACUGUGGGCAACAACAGUGCAGGAUUCAGUAACCCCAUUUUCGGACCUUCAACUGGAGGACUACGUCAGACACCAAUGCAGACCAUCCAGGAAAACAAGCAAACAUCAUUUUCUAGCAUUACGUGUUUUGGGAACUCACUUCAAGAGCUCCUGAAUUCUGAUUCAUUGGGCUCUCACAGUCAUAGCGAUGUCAUGAUGACACAGUCGGACCCGCUCAUAUCACAGACCAGUGCUGCCGUCACCUCUCAAAACUCCCGCCUUCGCAAUGGCCUCAUGCUCCGUAAUGACCCGAUGAUGUCAUCGUUUAGUUCGGUGGUAAAUGGACGAAGCAGUCACCUCCAGAAUAAGCAACACCAUCAGGGGUCCAGCGUACAAGGUUCUUUGCGCUCUCUCUCCAACAACAGGGUUCAAAGUCUAGCUAAUGAUGCUAAUAACUUAGUCUCUGCAAAGCAGCACCUCCAGCCACAGUCCACUAUGUUGAUGACACAGACUUCACUUUACUCCGGGCUGAAUGGAGGUAAUGGGAUAGGGAUCUGUAACCCGUCAGGAACAGACCGUUUUCCUUCGGACUUGGACCUGGACAUAUUUAACGGGAGUCUGGAUUGUGAUGUGGAUUCUAUAAUUCGUACAGAACUAAUGGAGUCUGAUGGACUGGAUUUUAACUUUGAUGCAUUGGUGCAAAAUGCUGUUAGCCUGAAUCCUGUGGGAAACUUCACCGGGACAAAGCAGUCCAAUCAAAGUUGGGUGCCUGGCUGACAGCAUUUAUAUAGGCUCACAACAGCAGACAAACAACAAAUAAAAGAAUAAUGAACAUCCUGCAAAAAAUCCACCAGACUUGAAGUAUCCUUGCCAAGUUUGCUGUCUGCAGCAAGUACUGGAUGAAUCUGACGACUACGACAUCAUCAAAAUGUUUACCUUCAAUUCAGCAGAGCCAGAUUAUAACAAAAGACUGCCCAAUGGACACACAAACAAUCUUAUGGUGAACUCACAGUUCAUGCAACAUUAUGCAAUGAUAAAAAUGAAACAAUUGUUAGUGAUAAAAAGUGAAACUGAGGUCUGUUGUAGCUUUUCUGUCCUAGUUUAGUUUCCUCUAUAGUCUUUCUCUGUUUUCCUAACACUUUUGUUAAAUGAUUGGCUGUUUUUGUCAUCGUCUAAGCACUAAUUUUGUCAUUGUUCAAUCUAAAUAAUACAACUAAAGGUCAGCAAAUAAUCUGGAAAAUUUCAGUAUCUAGACAAAGUGCACUUUGCUUUCAUUUUUAUCGCAUUGUUACCAUACAAAGUUAGCUUCAAAUUUGAAAUAUAGUUGCCUCAUAACAAUAAUGAAAUAAUCAAAUUGUCUGUGGCUGAUUUUAACUGUAUAAUGAUGAGUAAUUAAUUCGUGUGCAUCUAUAACCAUACAAAAAAUGGCAAGAUUUAAAGCUUGGCAGGGUGGAGGCAUUUUAUUUAUUGGUUUUCGCAUAUAAAUGUAGCCAAAAGUAUAAAUUAAUAAAAUAAAAUAUUUACUUGCAUUGUGGACAUUUCCAUGCCAUACCAGGUGCUAAAUUAUCAGUGUUAAGCCCUGUCCUUUAUUAAGGCCUUUUAUGUUUUCCUGGCCACAAGGACAUAGCAUAAAUGAUUAGCGGUAGCAAUUAGAAUAAUGGCAGCAUUCAAUGGUGGAUGGGACUUUCCUCUGGAAGCCAACUUUACUGAGCAAAAACAAUAAGCUAUCUUUUGUAUAUUUGCCAAAUUACUUGAAAAUGUAGAAGAUGCUGGCAGCCAAAAUCACAAAACAAAGUGAGAUCAGGGGACUUUUCUGUCCUUAUAUGCAACAUGCAUCACUUGCUCAGGGGAGAGUGGGGGCUCCAUUACAACAUCAGAGCCUCAUCUUGAAUUAACUGCAUCCUGGCUGUGUACAAUUAAAACGUUUUAUGAACAUUUGUUCAUAAAUGUCAAGAGAUGAAUCCAUCCUGUGUUGUUUAAUGAUGUC